GUGCCGCCACUAGAAUUGAGCAAACUCUCGUGUUCCGAGGUGCUUCCGGCGAGGGCGCCAGCUGCUGCGCAACCACCCGUGACUGGAGAAAAAACACCCUCCCCACCCAGAACCACCCUCGCACAUUCCACUGUUUAAACGGGGGCGGCAGUUUUUUAUUUGGAGGAAAACUUUGUUCUCAUGCUGCUUAAGUCAACCUGCCGAGUUUGUUCUGCAACUUCGUUGAUGUAAUCAAUUUGGAAAAGAAAUCGAAGGAGGGAAAUUAUGUUGAGCUCAAUGAGGAUGGACGACGACGACCUUUACAGCGGCUACGGGGCUUCGUCCCCCUACGACCCCCAGUACCAAGAUGAAAUUCUGCACCGAAUGAUCACUGGCAGCGGACAAGGACAAAAGCAGCAGGCGAUCGUCAUGCCAAUGCGCCUUGGCACUGGGUAUCGCGAGGGAAGCAGCCUGUUGUUGAAGUCAUCGUUGGCCAGUAGAAAACUGACGACGGCCUCUUCGGGGACGGCGGCGAGGCCAAUGACGGCCGUGCGCGGGGCCGGGUACACGUCGGGCAAAAAAGAGUUUCACCCGUUCAACCAGGCCACUGCCGGCCCGUCACCGGCGACGAAGGAAGAAGUAUCCGCUGAGGAGAAGCUAAAGAAAAUGGAAACGAAAAUACUGCAUUUGGUAGAGAGCUGCUUCGAAAUUCAAAAGACCGAUCGGCGCCUGGCUCUCGAGAAGGCGAAAGAGGCUUCGUCCAAGGAGCGGACCUUGGCCAGAAUGCAAGAGCAGACGGGCUUCACUGAGAAUCGAAAUGUUGACCUAACCUUCUCAGUGUUGUUCAAUUUGGCCCAGCAGUACGAGUCGUGCGGCCUAUUGCAAGAGGCACUAAACGUGUACCAAGCGAUCACGAAAAAUCGCCUCUUCAGCAAUGCCAGCCGCCUCAAGAUCAACAUGGGCAACAUCCACGCCAAGCUGGGCCAGUACCAGCGGGCGGUGAAGCUGUACAGGAUGGCCCUGGACCAGGUGCCGAGCGCCCACAAGGACCUCCGACUGAAGAUAAUGCAUAACAUCGGACUGCUCUUCGUGAAAAUGGGCCAGUACCAGGAUGCAUGCAUGAGUUUCGAGUUUAUUAUGCAGGAGAAGCCGAAUUUCAAAGCCGGUUUGCACAUGGUGAUUUGCUACAUGGUUGUGAAAGACAUUGAAAAGCUCCGUCGCAGUUUCCGCUUGCUGCUUGAAGUGAAUUUAGACAUUGAUGAUGAGGAGAAAUACGCGGCGUCUCAUGAUGAAAUCGGGUCUAAUUUGUAUUUGGAGGCGAUUCGAAAUGAUGAGCUGCGCAAAACCGAGCGAGAAAUGCAGCAAGAGGCAGAAAAAAGCAUCUUAUCUGCAGUCAAGCUGGUUGCCAGGGUAGCGGACGAUGGGUUUAACUGGUGCAUCGAGACGCUGAAGAUUUCGAACUACAGUAACUUGGCAGGGGAGCUGGAGGUGAACCAGGCAAAUUUGUUUCUGCGCCAAAGGGACAUUCCGUCGGCUGUGGCUAGCUUCACAGCUCUGACCGAGUCUCCAAAGACGGCGAGCGCGGCUGCCACGAACCUCUCCUUCAUCGCCUAUUUGCAAGGAGACGUUGCAGGGGCAGAGGAAUGGGCCGAAAAGGCGCGACAGGCCGACUCGUACAACGCGGACGCUUUCGUGAACCUUGGUUCGUGCGCGUUUGCCCACGGCGAGUUCGACAAGGCACGCUCCUUCUUCAUGUGCGCCCUCGAGAAUGACCCGUCGUGUUUCUGUGCACUCUUUAACCUUGGACUGACUCACAAACGGCAAGGCAGCUUGGAGGAUGCUUUGGAGAGCUUCCUCAAGCUGCACAGUAUUGUAGGGCCAGAGCCGCAGGUUUUAUAUCACAUAGCCAACCUCCAGGAGUUGCUUGGGGAUUUUGAGCAGGCCAACGAGUGGUACCAGCAACUUCUGGGCUACGUCCCCACAGACCCCGGUAUCCUCCAGAAGGUCGGAGACCUGCACGUUAGCGACAGACAACAGGCAUUCCAAUAUUACUUUGACUCGAGCAGAUUUUUGCCAAGCAGCCUGAGCUCAAUCGAGUGGCUGGGGGCGUACUACGCUGAGAUGCAGGUGCCAGAAAAAGCUGUUCAGCAUUACGAAAGAGCCGCCCUGGCGCAACCGACUGAGCCUCGGUGGCCUCUGUUAAUUGCCUCAUGUCUACGGCGCAGCGGCAACCACCAGGAGGCCCUGCGCCACUAUCAAGCUGUGCUGCAAAAGUUCCCUGAUAAUCUUGAGUGUCUGCGCUUCCUGAUAAGAAUUUGCACCGAUCUUGGGAUGAAGACCGAGUCUGCUGAGUAUGCAAAAGCGCUGAAGAAAGCAGAGAAGGCGAGAAUGGUCAAAGAGCGGAUUGACAGCAGCAGACCGGAUGUAGGUUCAAGGAAGAGUGUUGGCUCUUCUAGAGGAAAUUCUGCUGCCAGUUUGGCCGGCUUUGGCGAAUAUCAAAAUAAAAUGGGCAUGCAGCCGACGACAAGCAGUCACAAUAAUAAUGUCCUCCCGGACUAUUCCUUUUCAGACAAAACAGCAGUUGGCGUGAGACCGCAAACCUCUGGCAGAAACAUAGCAGAUGACAUUCUCGACGAAGACAUUGAGAAUGACUUGAUGCCAGUGUAAAGUUUUGAAAUUUUUAUCAAUUUUCAAAGUGUGAUAUACAAUAUAAUAAUCAAACAUUGUAUAAUUAUUUCUAUUUGGUCCUGCUUACCGAUCAGUCUUUUUUAACUAGCAAUUGUGUCAAUAAUUGUUAAUAUAUAUUUAAAAAGGCAAACUU